CACAAGUGGUCCCAAGCCUUCUUCACGAUCUUCCAAACCUCCUUACGAACCUGACGGGAGACAACAAUUGGAGUGGAAGUGAUGCAGUCCUCAAGUCUUGGUGAUGCAUCAGCACAGUUGUGGGAGAUCAGCUGCCGUCUCAAAGCUACUGAGGACAUCUGGUUUAGAUGCUGUUCCUGCACUUACUUCACCAAAGAUCAGCAUGGAAUUGUGAGCCACCUGGUUGCCCAUAGUGGUGAACAAGUCAAGUGCCAUCAUCUCCCCAUGUCUCCUAACUCUAGGUCCAAAGUGAACUGCAACACUCGAUUGCUCAGGGGUGAUAGGUUCUUUAAAUGUAAGCUGUGCCUCCACACCUUUGUUGACAAAGGCGGUCGAAUCCAAGACAAUCGAACACACACAGGUGAAAAGCCAUUCAAGUGCAAGCUUUGCCCUAAGGCCUUUGCUCGGAGUUCCCAUCUGAAAGACCACAAUCGAACACACAAUGGUGAAAAACCUUAUAAAUGCAGGUUGUGCACCCAAACCUUUGCUCAGAAUUCCCAUCUGAUAAUUCAUAAUCGAACACACAGUGGUGAAAAACCUUAUAAGUGCAACCUGUGUUCCCAAGCUUUUGCUCGCAGCGGAAGUUUGACCUAUCACAACCAAAUACACACUGGUGAGAGGCCAUUUAAGUGUAAGCUAUGCCCCCAAACCUUUGCACGAAAGUCCUGGCUGACGCACCAUAAUCGAACACACACAGGUGAGAAGCCUUAUAUGUGCAAGCUGUGCCCACAAGCCUUUUCUAGCAGUUCUAGUCUUAGUCGACAUAAUAGAAUACACAGUGGUGAGAAACCUUAUAAGUGCAAACUGUGCCCCCAAGUCUUUUCUCAGAAUUCUCAUCUGAUGACCCAUAAUCAAAUACACAAUGAUGAAAAACCUUGUAAAUAUAAGCUGUGCUUCUAAGCUCUUUUCAGAAUUUCCAGCUGAAAAGGUAUACGGAAUGCACACAGGCAGAAAGAAGUGCGAGCGGUGUCCAGAAGCCUUCGUUAGAAGUCCAGCCUGACCUCCAUAAUCUAAUGCACAUGGGUGAAAAGCCCUUCAAGUGCAAGAUCUUCCCCAAAACCUUCUCAGAAUUUGUUAUAUAAUCUAAUAUGCACAUAAAAGCCCUUAAGUGCAAGCUGCAUUCCCAAGCUUUUACUUGGAAGUCCAGUCUGACUUGCCAUAAUUCGAUGUGGGUGAAAAGCUAUUCACAUGCAAGCUGUGCCCACCAUGUCUUUGCGAAGAAUUUCUAUCUGAGAAACCAUAAUUGAACAUACAAUGAUGAAAGACCUUAUAAGUGCAAGCUGUGUUCCCAAGCCUUGGCUCACAGUGGCAGCCUAAUAUACCACAACCAGACAUACACUGGUGAAAACCAUUCAAGAUCAAGCAGUACCCACUGUACCAGUAUUCAGAAAAGACGAGACGAGGCCAUGACUGCUGGGCUUAAGACAUAAGCGUGUGUGUUCUUUUGCACUUUCUUCAUUAUUCAAUGCAUAUUGCCACACCUUCCCUUCCCUGAGGGAGGUUCGAAUGAACUUAGAAUUCAGCAAGUUGCAAUCACAUCAGCAUACAAAUAAACGUUGAACACAUGAGCAUGCACACAAGCAUACAGAUAUCCAUAUAUAUACUUAUAGACACAUAUGUACUAAAGAGUCACUCUGUGAACCUCUUCGAUUUCAUGGUAAUACGACCGGGCCAUGUCUGUAUUUUUGUGUCCUUGAAAGCUGACUCUGGCUGAGCUUGCGUUGGUCCUGGCUUCGAGACCAUUGGGGGUGGCGACGUCUGCACAUUUGCAUCUGUUGGUAGUGGAGCAAGGUGGCAUUUUCUUCUGACCAGAAAUCCUUUUGAGGUCUCCAUGAUGUAUGAUCGUGGUACUGUCCUUUUUCCUGCAGCUUCUAUGCAGAGCAUGUAAACUUGCAGAAAGUAAAUGUGUGACCAGAAUUCAAUUUUAUUUUUCAAAGAAAAGGUUGGCAGUUUCAGCUUCCACACUGUUGUUUCUUUCAGUUAUUGUAGUCCUUGGUACUAAAGUAUGAAUGCAAUAAUUUUGAAGGUUUCGAUUUUGACCUUUCAUACCACAUGCUGUCUCAUUUGACCAGUUAUUACAGCAGGUGAUUGAUUGACGAGUGUGUGCAUACACCACAGCACAAAUGGGGCAUCUCUAGUUGAAUUCCCACACUGCCCAGCAGGUUUCUCAAUAAAUUGACACUGUACCAAUGUGCACGUUUUUAAUACCACAUACUGUAAAAUCUCAUAAGGGUGCCCUCUCAAAAGUAAAAGAUAAAUGGCGAAAAACAUCAAUGGGCUAUCUUUGGGAAUGAGACAGCAAAACUUUAGAAAAAAUUUAAUGAAAAACAUAAAGGGCAAUUGCCACAAACAGUGUGGCUUGGGAACCGAUACCGCAUAUCAAGGAAACAAUAAAUCUGCAUUUCACAACGUGAUAAACACAUAAUUCAGUACAAAUGCCUGUGUCACAAGGAAGGAUACCGCAGACUGUGGAUGCAGCAGAUUCGUGUUUCAUAGUGUGAUAAACAUUUGGAAACCGGCUACACUUCUCUGCCACGGAACCGAUAUCGGGCGCACAGAUUGUGAAGCGAAAAACAUGGGAACUCGCAUGUCAUGGGAACCAAUAUUGCGUGCGCAGAUCACGGACAAAAACACGGGAAUGUAUGACUCCCAUAGAACAUGGCACAAUGUCUAACGAGAAUCGGCAGUGGGCGAUGUUUGAGAAUUUUUAUGUUACAGAUAUUUAGCCAGAAAAACAGGAAGGGCGAUCUCUCAGGGGAGGGUGCCCUUGCAGGAUUUUACGGUAAUUAAUGCCUUUUCAAGUCUACGUUGAUGAAAGGAGGUGUUGAGAUCUUGAAACUGACUUUAACACAGUCUCAUUCCUAAAAUGUUUUCACUAUUUUUCUCUGCAGCGGCAUUAUUGUAACAUAUUUAUACGACACCUAUUUUGAGACAUCACUCCCUAGUGUUUCGGUGGCUCCAAAAGUAUGUUGCUCCAUGUUUUUGUUCCUGAGAGUUGUUUGAGUGUUGCCUGUCCCUCUGUCGAAAUUCUCACUCCAUAGGCGUCAGUGUACAUCAGGCUAUGCGCUCGGCCCUUUUUGUAUUACACAGGAUAGUAGUUUGUUUCUAUGCUUCUCUAAUGGCAAACAUUGUGAUAUUUUUUGUAACAGAAUGAGAUGGGUCAGAGCAGCUUAAGUCUCAAAGAAUGCAAAUUUAGCCAUGAUUAUGUGUGGGUUACAGAGUCCAAUGAUCAUGUGUGCUUAUUUUUGCCUUCUCUAACAGAUUUGUUAACAGAGCUCCAGUUUGGCUUGAUUGUUUGUUUAUUAGGCUGACCUCGUUUAUCUCGAACAAAAUCUGCAGACAAUAAAUGUGCAAUAAGACUUC